GUUUCCAAACUAGUCGUACAAAGUUGAACAGUCUUUCGGAAGGAUGAUAACUACUGUUCCCUUGUACAGAAACUCUAGUCAUUUCUGUCAUGAGAAAUUUAGCUAAUCUAAUCCGGGUUGAUUAAAUUCUCGUCUGGUGACGGGCAUUAGACAGGAUUCUCCAAGUAGUUCACUGUGACUUCAAAGACAGGGAGGGACGGCGGUGUUGGGAGAGUCAGGACGCCAGGCGCAGGAUCCAGCGCAGAGCAGUCGACGAGGAAGCGUGGCCCCUGAACCUGAGCUGUAGUUCCUGCGGAGAUUGUCAGCCAUCAAAACGCGCGAACCGGUGACACAGGCUGGGAGACUGUCCGUUGGGAACAAUAACAGCAGUCAUGUGCCUUAUUGGCACCGAGACGGUGCCUCCUCAGCGUUAAGGUUUUGUCGAAGAAGUAAAGCGGAGGAGGAGGGGUAGACAGCCUGGCAGACAGGUGCACCUCCUCAGUCUGUUUCAUUUUCUGUCGCUCCUGAGAAGGAACUGAGCCAUGGAUAGUCGCAAGGAAAACAAGGUAAGAAAACAACCGAUGAAGCCCAAAACGUCGAGCCGAAAAGAGAAAAAAUUGAAAAGUGGGUUGUUUACGAGGAGGAAAUCGCUGCGAUCUUUUGGGAAUUUCAUGGGAAGGGUCCUCAAAACUUUGGGUACUUUGGCGCACUUUGGCGACGCGGAACCGGACGCGGAGGAUGACGAUGGCGGCUUUCGGACAAAGCGCUUCAGGGGGUUCAAAGACGACUUUUCGCAGACCUCAAGGGAGGGAACCAUGAAGAAGAGCUCCACGGUGUCCUCCGCCCACGGCUCAGUGAAAGCCAGGCUGUCGUGGUGCUACGGCGACAAGACCCCCGGCGUUGCUGGGAAUGCGAACCACGGCAACACCUGUUUCAUGAACGCCGUGGUUCAGUGCCUCAGCAACACGGACCUGCUGGCCGAAUACCUCGGGCGGGAGAAGUACAGGUCGGAUAUAUGCCUUGGGAAGGUGAAAAGGAGAGGAGCCCGGAGAUACGCUGAGAGGAGGGGAGAGGUGACCGAGCAGCUGGCGUCCCUGGUUCGAGCGCUGUGGACGCUGCAGUACACCCCACAGCUGUCCGUGGAUUUUAAGAGCAUUGUGGCCAAAUACGGUUCUCAGUUUCGAGGAAACUCUCAACACGACGCCCUUGAGUUCCUUCUCUGGCUUUUGGACAGAAUCAAUGAAGAUGCCAAUCCCAGUCCUGACAACAGCAGCAGUAAGACCAAAGCUAGUGCCACGGGGUCCAGUUCAUUGGAGAAACCUUCCAGUCCCACGUCAGCCAGCACACAGCAUCCUCGAAGUCGAUACAGUUUUGUUCAGGAACACUUCCAGGCUCAGUACAGGUCUUCUCUGACGUGCCCUCAUUGCCUUAAGCAGAGCAACACUUUUGAUCCAUUUCUGUGUAUCUCUCUGCCCAUUCCCCUUCGACAAACCAGAUCGAUGUGUGUGACGGUGGUGUUCAGCUCGAAGAGUCAGAGAUAUCUGCGGGUGGGACUUGCUGUGCCUCUGUUGGGUUCUGUAUCCUGCCUGAGAGCAAUGGUGGCAUCGGAGGGCAACAUCUCCUCUGACCAGGUCAUUCUGUCAGAGCUGUACUCCACUGGUUUCCAGCGGUCUUUCUCAGAUGACGACGAUUUGACUGCGAUUGCUGAUGGUGACGUCGUCUACGCCUUCCAGGCUCCUCCUCUUUCUAGUCGCGGGGGCUCUGUGUCACACUCAGGGUAUCACCACAGCCUCCCCUCCUCUCCCUACACCUCCACUGCUGGGCCCGACGUUCAGAGGUUACCUCCAUCUGGCCGCCUGUCUUCUGAGCACCUGAACCACAGCAGCUCCAGCAGGGUCCUCCUCCUCCUGUGCAACACAGCAGGAUCUGGCCAGCAAGCUGUCAGAUUCGGGCCUCCUUUUCUCAUGGUUGAAGACAGGAGCAUCUCCUGGGACCAGCUGCAACAAAGCAUCCUCAGCAAGCUCUAUUAUCUAAUGCUGAAUGGAUCUCAGGCUCAGAAUGCUGCAACGCUGUUUAAGAUCAGAGUGGUAGGAGGAUCUACAGCCUAUAACUACCUUUCCCCACAGGACAGCAGGCCACUGUACCACCCUGCAGUUGAUAGAGCUUUAAAAUUCUGUGGCCCAGGGGGACCGCCCCAUGUGAAGCUGAUUAUCGAGUGGGAACACAGCUCUAAAGAAUGUCUGUUUGGCAGCAUCCAGGAGGAAGUGGUGAAGGAUGCAGAGAGUGUGAGGAACCAGCAACAACAACACCUUCAGCAGCAUAGCUGCACCUUGGACGAGUGCUUCCAGCUUUAUACCAAAGAAGAGCAGCUGGCUCCAGAUGAUGCCUGGAAGUGUCCUCACUGUAAACAGCUUCAACAGGGCAUGGUGAAGAUGAGUCUGUGGACACUACCUGACAUACUCAUCCUGCAUCUCAAGCGCUUCCGACAGGUUGGUGAACGAAGAAACAAGCUGUCCACGCUGGUACGAUUCCCUCUGACUGGUUUGGACAUGGCCCCCCAUGUAGUGAAGAGAAGCCAGAGUAUGAAGAACCUGCAGCUGGGGCAAUCCCUGAAUUCUCGGAAACAUUCAAGUCAACAGCACCAAUCUGUCGACACAAUCCUCCCCCACGAUUAUCUAUACGACCUCUACGCUGUGUGUAACCAUCAUGGAGGAAUGCAUGGAGGACAUUAUACUGCUUACUGCAGGAAUUCAGUGGAUGGUCAAUGGUACAGCUUUGAUGACAGUAGCGUAGACCUGGUGCCAGAGGAGGAAGUGUGUACCAGAGGAGCUUACAUCCUUUUCUACCAGAGACGCAACACCAUUCCUCCAUGGUCCGCCAGCAGCUCCAUUAGAGGAUCCACAAGUUCAUCAGUGUCUGACCACUGGCUGAUCAGGCUGACAGGAGACAGCAAGAGGGGCAGUCUGGUGUCUCGCUCCCCCACUACCUGCCCGUCUUCCAUACCUGACUCUCCAGAGUCUCCAGUCUUCCAUGACAAUGGCUUCAAAGAGGAACGAGGGGGUUUUGAGAGCAAGCCAUUUGUCAGGGGUCUUCAGGGGCGCAGUGUGAGCAUGAGAGUCCCCAGCAAGGCCAAGGACACCCUGAGCAAAGUGCUUCCUCUGCGCUGGUCCCUUGGUUCCAAAGACAGACGAAAACAUGACCAAGUGCCUCCUCCGGUUGAAGAUCCAGCUCCUGUGGAGCUGGUACAGUACUUGGAAUCUGGCCGGAGACCCCGAUACACAAAGGAUUCAAUAGUAACAGUGAUGAGUGAAUCACGCAACAAAAAGGAAGCUGCUGAGGGCCAAAGGGUCGCAGGCAAUGUUCCAUCUUCCCGUGUUGGGAGUCUAAGUUGUGUAGGUAAGAAGGGAGAGAAGCCAUCUGCCCCACAGGUCCCGGAGGGCCAGAGGCGGCCAUCAGACAAGACGGCCAGUCUGAGGCGGAACAAAGGAAGCCAGCAGAAAGAGGAGAGUACAGUGAAUAUCAGUACUAGUGUUAGCAGCAAUACUCUCACCAGGAGGAAAGACACCACAAGGCAGAGCUCUUCUAAACCUUCACAUAAUUCAGAGACAAGGGGGAGCUCUGGUACUGGAGUUCAUCCCAGCUACAGUACACCCAGUCUUCAGGAAGGAACUCUGAGAAAGCAAAAGGGGGACAGGGUUGAUAGGGAUCACCACGGUGCACAUGAAGAAAACUCUAAGCCCAAGAAAGAAGUGCCCAAAAACCAUGAUGGUCUACUUUCUUUCUUCAAAGGAAACUUUCUAAAGAAGGAUAAGGACCCUAAAAAGUCCAAGGAAGGUGAGUCUGCGAAAGAAGGAGAUGAGAAAGGAGGCAAAAAGACCUCAUCAAGAGGAUCAUUGUCUAAUGGAUCAGCAGGGGGCAGAACUGGAGUGGAAGGAGGCAAGUUUAAGAGUUCAGGUCGUCAAAUUGAUGAUCUAGCAAACGGCAAGGUGGGACGCACCAACGUCGACAUUAAACGCUCCCAGAGCUCCUCCAACAUACCAACCAAAGCAGAGCACAGCAUGCGUAGGACAGCAUCCUUGCAUCGCAAUGGGAUGUCUACAGCACCAUCACGGAGCUUGACUACAGAGAAGCAGUCUUAUGACACCCUGCAGAGGACUCGCUACAGCACAACUUCACUGGGGCGUAAAAGGACAGUUCCUGAGUCCAGCUUCUGAUGUAGAGAUACAAUAAACACUCAUACCCACAAUAAGCCUUAUACAUGAUGGACAGGAAAUGAACUCAAAUCUCUUUGAUCAAAGCAAUAGAGCUCCAUUCACAGCAAUGCGCCUUUCUUGUUCCCUGAAAAUGAAAUGGCUCGAGUGGUUUGCACAUUAGAUUUGAGAGAUAAAGCAAAAAGUCAUUUCAGGCAAAUGCAAGCUGAGAUGAUUCAGACUGUCCAUCAGAGGGAAUUCAUCCCUAUUUUGUUUUUAUGAUGUAAAAGAAGUGCCUGAGCAACCUAAAUGCAGUUUAGACCAAUGAGUUUUGUCCGUUUUAGCACUGAAGGCAAAUACAAACCUACUCUACGCAUUUGUGUCUUAUUAAGAAGGAGAAUGUUGGAAGUCAUCACUCCAUUUUAACUCCUUAAGGUUGUUGCUUACAAUCAAAAAUACUGAUUGUGUUCAUUUAUGAGAAUGUAUUUUGUCCACUUGAUUAACGGUGGUGCUUUUGAGGCUGCAGUUUCUGAUUAACUUCAAGUUAUUCAUAUUUAAUUACCCAUUUAGGUUUAUUUACAUUGCAGGAUGGCUUUGAAAACAAUCUAUUUUUAUUGGUUUAUCAUGAUUUGAUCAAGGAUGCAGUAGCUGCUUAUUCAUGCUUUACCAUUCAGGAAUUUAAAAAGUGCAUUUGUCCACCGUGAUUUUAAAUAUUAUUGCAGUAUGGACUUUGGGGUGUUAGAAAAAUGUGGUUGACUGUUUUUAACCUCAGAGUUGUGUUCUUUUACUGCUCUUGUGUAGCCACUUCUCUACUUUUUUCUUGAUUAAUUCAUGUUUUUUGAAUGUAUUAACAGACAAUAGACUCAUUUGGCUGCGGGCAAAAACAAAGAGUGCAAGUAUUAUUUUUUCCUCAAAAUGUUGCCACAUGUUUUAUAUAAUGUGAGGUUAAUGAGAGGAGGAAAAAAGUAUUUGAGUUUUAUUUUGCUUAAUGUUCCCUAAAAAUUAGCUGCAAGUGAAACAUACACAUUUUAAGAUGUAUUACUUUUAUUUGCAUUUACUGUUUCACUGUAUGUUAACACAACUUCACUAGACAUGUAUGGUAAAAACAAAAAUUCUGUUCUUAAUAUCUUCAUAUCUGCAUACAUGAAGUUGCAGUAUUGUUUGGCUUCACCAGAAUUCUUUUUUGUGAAAGAUGACAAAAAAUAAUUUAAUGAAGUAUAAUAGAAAUAUAAUUGGAUAAACAGCAGGAAAAAAAGAUGUUUUGGGGCUCCCAGCUUUCAGGGAUCAGUUUAAAUUUUAAUUAUAUUCCACAAUGUAUUUCAUUUAGACCUCUAAAAGAACAAGAGCCUCUUUAACUUCCUUGUGAAUGUGAAACACAGUGGUUUGCCUUUGGUGUUAGCAGGUGGAUGAAGGAGUAAGCUGGUCUCCGCCGACUUCUAAUCCACUGACUCACUUUUCUGUAGUGAUUAGAUUUAGCUGCAGCAUGGAAAAUUUGGGCAGCAAGAGAUAAAUAAAUUAAUGAUUUAUGUAUCAAACUCAGUAAAUGUAUAUAAAAGGGGGCAUUCGACAUGUUUUGAAUAUGUUUUAUUAGUUUUGUUUUCUUUCAGCUAUUAUGUUCUUUUGUCAAUUCGGAAAAAAUAAGGUUUUAAGGGUGUCAAUGGAAGUAAAAUACAUUUGAUAGUGUUUAAAAUGGAAAUCUAUUAAGUUUCUUCUAACAUUUAUUUAAAUUUAAAUGUCAGGACAAAUGAAAAACCUCCAAUUUGAUCAAUUUUUAUUGUAUAAGCCUGUGUAAUAACAAAGCAAUCAAAUACAUCCAGUAUUUUUCAUAAUGCAGUUUAUAGGUGAGUUCGUAUGGGAUGUAAAAUUCUGCACAUCCUUCAUCUACAUGUAUUUCUCUCUCUGCAUGAAUUAUUAAUGUACAGCUUAUUUAGCUCCUUCAGCCUUCAGCUACAAGACAUUCAACACUCGGACACAAUGCCUGUGGACAUUCAUUUUGAUUGUUAAGUCUGUGAAUCUACUUUACUUUUCGUAUCCAUGUGAGAAAAGCUGUCCUUCAGUCUGACACGUUUUUAAAAGUACUUUUUGUAGAUUUCAAUGCAUAUGUUUUAUAAGCAAGUCGAUCCUCCAACAAUACAGUUUUUUGAGAGAUGACAUAAGUUCUUUGUGAGCAUCUGUGUGCUGAAACACAUUUUGAAGGUUUUCGUUGAACAUAUUGGAUGUAUUCUCUCUGCACUAAACUGCUAACUCCUUUAUAUGUGAAAACUUGAUUUUGAUGUUGCAGUUUAUUCUUAAAAGUUAACCUUAAUGAGAUGUUGAGAUGUGAAGACAAAUGUCACUUUGAAUAAUAAAUUUGCUUAUAAUUAGUUUGUAUGAAGUUAUCCAUCCCUCCCAAAUUUUUAUUAUUGUUGGAAUUAUUAAAUUUUUGUUUUAGCUACUUGGGAAAAUUGAUAAUUUUUAAUGUAUAUUUUUACCUUUUUAAUGUAAUCUUGCUGGAGUGUUUUUUGCAUUUCUGUAUUUAGUGCAUAGAAACUGAAAGUAAAAAGAUUUGCACAAACACUUCCCAAAGAAGAGAACUGGGAAUAAUUAAUUAGACUUCAGAAUUUAUUACGUCAAGUUUUAUUGUCUGACUUUGUUUUCGCUGCAGCUGUUAUUUGCCUGAUUUUGAAAGGAUACUCAAAGACUAAAAUGUUUAAUUAAAAGAAACAAAAGGUAACCUUGAUGUUUAGUUUUCAGUCAUGGUCCAUUCAGGGACAUCUGCGGUUUCCAUAUAACAGAAUUAGAGCAAGCUUUAAGAAGAGAAAGUUUUAUUCAAAUUAGUCUUCCUGUGUACAGCAUCAACUAUCAUUAUCCUGAUCCCAUAACAGGGAGCUCACAUCUGAAUCUGAAACAGAAAAUUUUCUCAUUUUCUUUACCUUUAAUUUUUACUACUUAUGAUCCUAAAUGUGAGCAAACAUGAUUUUACCUCCAGAUCAUUAAAGAUGCCGGACAGUUUGGUUUUUUUUUUGUUUUGUUUUUGUUUUGUUUUUGUUUUUUGUUUUUUCCAGAGAACUAUGGACUCUUUCAGGCGUUCUGGGUUGUGAUCUCUGGUACAGAAAGAUUUCUUUUUUUCCUUAAGGGAUCAUUGUUUUAUAUGUUUUACUUUUAAAAAAGGAAAAGAAUUUAAACAGAGUCAGAUGUGUGGGCCACAUGUUGGUACAUCUGCACAGUGUUUACUCUGCUAAUCCGAGCACUUCUGUGUUAACACUUCUUUUUGUUUUAGUUUUUUUUUUUUUUUUUUUUUACCCUCCAGACAUGAAAAAGUUUUAUAUGCAAAUUUUGUACUUUUUCAAAUGCAAGUCUGUACAAAUUUAUGGAUACACACUGGCAGAGCUACAGUCAUUUGACUGGUUCUGUGUAGUCAACAUCACUGUACGCGGAUGAGCUGACAUUCAGUGCACUCCACUGUUUUGCAUAAAGAAAGCCUCUAUUGUAACACUACAGUGUCUGAAUUAUUUUCUGUACUGAUGCUAUAUUACAUGUUUUAUUUUUUCACUUCAGCAAAUAAAAAGAUAUUAAAUAUGAAAAA